AUGUCCUCGAGCCAAGAUGACAUCGACCAGCUCCUGGAGCGCUAUCUCGCCUUGCUGGACGAGUACUCGAAGCUGCGCAAAGAGCUCUCCCAGCUGCAGGCGGACGUGUACCACGACAUCGCCCGGGCCAACUUCUCCGGCGAACGCGGCCUGAGAUAUGGCCAGGACCAGUACGACGAGAGAAUGAGAGCGAGUCGGCGGGUUGGCAUUGCCGUUACUGAAAAUGGGCUCCCCGGGUUCACUGUGACGACGACGACUUGUAAAGAGCCUCCCCCCAUUGCAGAAACGGGACGCGGCGUGCAAGAGAAGCAGGCUGCUGAGAAUGCCUACGGCGCGGCUGACAAUGACGAGCCGGUCGAGUCGCCGGAUGCAGAGGGAGCAGAGGAAGCAAAAGAUGAGCGAGGACAGGCCGGCGGCACCAAGAUUGACGAUCCCCUCCGGUGGUUUGGCAUUCUCACGCCCAUGCCGCUGCGGGCUGCUCAGCGCCAUGCCAUCAGGGCCGUCGAGGACGUCGUCCCACGCCUGGCGUCUGUCAAUGCGGAAAUGCGCCAUGUUGAGGUUGAAGUGAGGAGAGCGCGGAAGAGGAGGGCCAAAGCGGAGGCUGCACGCGGCAAGGCCAGGGACCGGGAGGCGUCGACUACGCUGGGCCGAGAUGGACAUGUCAGGGCUGCCUGA